GUCAUGAGAGCAGCAAACAUUCCUCACGCAGCUGAGAGUCAGUGAGUGAACAGGGACAUGAUAUCGACUGUCAGUGCUGCUCUUCCUCGCACACAACAUGGGCUCCACCGCCCAUACCACCAAAAACAGAGCUCCAGCUCUACUGCAAUGCCCCGGACUCGGUUCUGUGUCGUGGAUCGCGUGCAUUCUUGAGCUAUUUGAGGUGUAAAAUGUGGGUUAUGGUGCUGUGGACUCAGGACAAGAUGGCAGCAGUAUGAGACACACACAUCUACAUGCUGUGAGUUCAGUUGAAAUGUGUAAAAUGAUCGGAGAAGACCUGGAUUAUAUCUACUGUUAGUCCGUGUGAAAGGUAUGGCCUCAAAAGUCUUGGUCUACCCACCACAUGUUUUCAAAACUCAUACAAGUGCCUUUUGUAGUGUGAAGAAACUCAAAGUUGAGCCUAGUAACUGUGUUUACCAUGAGAGGACCUACCCACAGACAUACUUGAAUGGUAGAACCCUUGGCAUUGCUUGCCCAUCAAAACUUACCGCUUCGUUUAAGACACAAGAUUCUGUGAUUGGCAGACACCCCAGGCAGGAGUUUCCAUUACAAACGGCUGUUGUGCGCGGUGUUCGACGUCAGCAUACCACCAUAUCGGCACAGCCACAAAAAAGGGUCAUCUCCUCUCAGGAAAAGGAGUUGGAGCAUCAGGAAAAAGAAAGGGGUUGCAGCAGUGGAGCUACAGGGGCAGCUAGAAGGAGUAGGGGAGAGGGAAGUGGCAGUCAAGAAGGAGGAGGUGGAGGACAGGGAGAAGGUGACGAAGGUGGUGGAGGAGAGGACGAGGGUGACUGGGAAGACUGUGGAGGUUUUAACUUGCAAGACAACUCACAGAGAUGUGGGCUGAAACGUAAGAGCGGGGAGCUGGAGAACUUGGGAAGUGCCAUGCAGAUUGUAGAAGACCUGUCAAUGUUACCUGCAAUGUUGCAAUCAAAUGUGGGAAACCCACCAGUUGCGGUGCCAGCGGCAGUUGGUGGAGGGCCUGCAAAGCAAGGUGGAAAUUAUGGAAAUUGGGAUGGAGACUACCAGUUGGUGCAGAAUGAGUUGCUUUGCUCUUUGAAGAACACCUACGAGGUGUUAGACUUCCUCGGCCGAGGUACUUUCGGCCAGGUAGUGAAAUGCUGGAAACGAGGCACCAGUGAGACUGUGGCAGUGAAAAUACUGAAGAACCAUCCAUCGUAUGCCCGACAGGGCCAGAUUGAAGUAGGCAUCCUGGCACGACUCAGCAGCGAGAAUGCAGAUGAGCAUAAUUUAGUGAGAGCUUUCGAGUGUUUCCAGCACCGCAGCCACACUUGUCUUGUGUUUGAGAUGCUGGAGCAGAACCUGUAUGACUUCCUCAAGCAAAACAAAUUCAGCCCGCUUCCUCUGAAGGUGAUCCGUCCCAUUCUUCAGCAGGUGGCCACGGCGCUAAAAAAGUUGAAGGCCAUGGGACUGAUCCACGCGGAUUUGAAGCCUGAGAACAUCAUGCUGGUGGACCCUGUACGGCAGCCCUACCGGGUGAAAGUCAUAGACUUUGGUUCAGCCAGUCACGUCUCCAAAGCCGUCUGCUCAACGUACCUCCAGUCGCGGUACUACAGGGCUCCAGAGAUUAUUCUUGGCCUGCCUUUUUGUGAAGCCAUAGACAUGUGGUCGCUGGGAUGUGUGAUUGCUGAGCUCUUCUUGGGCUGGCCUCUCUACCCAGGAGCCCUAGAGUUUGACCAGAUCCGCUACAUUUCUCAGACGCAGGGUCUGCCAGGAGAACAUCUGUUAAAUGUGGCGACGAAGACAUCUCGCUUCUUUUGCCGGGAGUCAGACUCGCCGUAUGCGGCCUGGAGACUUAAAUCCACAGAAGAGCACGAGGCAGAGACGGGGCUCAAAUCAAAAGAAGCCAGAAAGUACAUCUUCAGCUGUUUGGAUGACAUGGCGCAUGUGAAUCUUGUGAUGAAUCUGGAAGGCUGUGAUUUGUUGGCAGAGAAAGUUGAUCGUGUAGAGUUUGUGGGUUUGCUGAAGAAGAUGUUGUUCAUAGAUGCAGAGGAAAGAAUCGCCCCGAGUGAUGCCCUUAGCCAUCCUUUUGUUACCAUGCAGCACCUGCUAGACUUCCCCCACAGCAACCAUGUCAAAUCGUGUUUUCACAUUAUGGACGUGUGCUGCUCACGACCAGGCAGUUAUGAGUCUCUCAGUCGGACCAAGGCUCCGUUUGUCAGGACUGUCCCGAGCACUGGUGCAGCACCCAACAUUACCCUGCCCUUCUGCAAGGUGACCGGCAUUCACACUCAGUAUGAUGGUCGAGUCUGGGUUUGGUGGAUACCAGGAGAACAUUACCUGCCUGAUUUCAUUGUGCCAACUGUAAAGGCUUUAGCCUCAUCUGCCCCUUCAGUGUUGCAUGCUGGGAUACCUCUCCAGACAGGAAGUGCUCAGUUUGGUGACUCUUUCCAGCAGGCACUUAUUCUCUGUCCCCCAACCUUGCAAGGUCUCCCACCCAACCCAAGAAAAACAGCGGGAUACUCUGUGCGUAUGGAAAGUACAGUACCACUGGUGACACAAGCUUCUGCCAUCCAGCCUCUACAGAUCAGACCAGCGCUCAUUACACAGCAAGCGUGGUCAAGUCAUGGCCAGCAGAUCCUGGUGCCCACCUGGCCUCAGGUGACCUCUGUGGCACCUUCAGCAACAACUAUGGCCUCAGAAUCAGUGGCAGGUCCACAGAGACUAGCGAAUUGGGGAAAAGUUCAUUCUCUUGGCAACCAUUACAGCUCUAUGAUACCUCACCACCAGCCACUGUUAACCAACCCAAUGGCCAUGUCAGCUCACCAGCCUAUCAGCAUAGGGAUCGCUCAUGUGGUGUGGCCACAGCCAGCUGCUAACAAGAGAAAUAAACCAUCUUCAAACAGAAGUAACAACUUCAUCCACAGCACCAAUUCCCAAAACUCAUCAUGCCAGUACCCAAAGAUGGUUGACCGUGCCAAAAACACAGAGGAGGUGGCAGCGGAUUGUGUAGUGGAGGCGGAGUCUGAGACGGUGCUAGAGGAUGAGCCUUUGUGCUGUAAAGCAGAACCAGAGUACGAAGACUCAACUGUGUCUCAAAAGCAGAGACCGACCAUUGUGAUCGCUGACUCUCCGAGCCCUGCACGCAGCGUCAUCAGUAUCAGCAGUGGAACAGAUGAGGAGGGGCCAGACACUCAGAAACAUUCUCUAGAGUGUAAGGGUAGUCCCGAGUGUGAGGCCUGUCACAGCACACUGAAUAUGGAGCGUGUGUGUUCCUUGAGCAGUCCCGAUUCAACCCUUAGCACCAGUUCAUCUGCUUCAGAACAGUCAAGCGCUUCCCCCUGCAAUAGACCCAACAGCAUGUCAGAUGAUGAGUGUGAGAGCGGAUGUGAUACGGUAGACGGCUCACCAGCGUCGGUGUCCUCCAGUCGAGCUGACAGCCCCUUUCUGGAGGCCACCUAUGUUAAUAACAACAACGAGAACUGCAAAGCCAAUGGAGCUACAGAGGCUGAGUCUACCAAACUGCCGGUCCGCACCAUGGUGGUGCCACCCAUGCGGGUUCAGAAUAAUGAGCCGAUGGGCCGCAGAGAGGCAUCAUGCCCACCCAAAGGCCACAGUGGUUACAACAGACAGCCGCCCUACACAACGUUACUGGUGAAUCGCCAGCAGAAGACAGCACAGGCUUUCCCGCCCCUGCAGCCCUCUCAACAACAGCUCCCCUUUGGACAGGUCCAACAUUAUGGCUCGUCCCACCAGGAGUGGAACGGAAACUACAGCAACUGUCGACCUCAGGCAUUCAUCCCACCCACUGUUCAUGGCCACACCUUCACGCUGCCACACGGAAGUCCCACCCACACAGCCCACCCUCCUCAAACGCACUUAGGCGUCCACCCUCACACCCAGCCGACUUUACUGUCCUACCCCACUUCAGGCCCCCUGGUGACAAAUGCCCCAAUGGCCCACCUCUUGGCUUCACCUGGGUCCACAAGGAAUCAUGUGUUUCAGCCGGCUUAUGGCCUCCCUCAUCCGACGGGACACCUUGUGCACCAGGUCACUGUGGGACUCAACCGCCUCUUGCCUUCUCCAACACUUCACCCUCAAGGUCAAUUCAAGCGUAUGUUCCCACCACACUCCUUCAUCGCAUCACCUGCAUAUGCAGGCUUCCCCCUCAGUCCCACCAAACUAAACCAGUACCCAUACGUCUGAGACUCGCUCCUCAGCCCUCUGGAGGGCCACAAACACAGACAUAACGCCAGGCUCACUGUAGAAACCACAAACCACCUGGUUCCCGCACACAAAGCCAUGGCACAAGAGAGAAAGGAAGCAAUUUCUCUGACUCACGUAGACUUGACUGAGUGCAAUUAAAAUGAGCUUUAAAAGAGGUAACAUUAGGAAAGUCUUAAGCAAGUAGGUAAAGAAAGUGCACGGUUGAGAAGCAAGCGAUUGGAUGAAUAAGAAUAACUUUUUUUGCACAUUUGAUACAUCACCUUAUCAGAUUUUCAGAUUUGAGUACUCCUCUAAUGAACAUCAAUAACGGAUGGUGUCCAAAAUCAUGUGAUGGUCAACUUAUUUUUAUACAUUGCCUUUACCUUGUAUACAACACACGUUUGUUUGUAAAGGCAGCCCUGUAUGUUGUUCACAACAUAAAAUGUGUCCACUUGCUGUGUUUUCUUGCGUUCCAAGUAUUUGUACUUUUCUCUGCGUAUUUGGUGUCGUUUGGAAUGGAGUCUCCUAAAGGAGUUGUUCGUCACAUGCUGCAUGUGUUGCAUGAUGUUGGUCAGAGAGAAGCCUAUAGGGGUUCUUGAUGUGUCUAGAGGCUCGCUGCAUUGUUGUCUCCAGCCAUAGUGCCUUAUAUAUCGGCAGUUGUUUGUGUUCUACUAUCUCUUUGUGUGUAUAUACAGUGUGUUUUCGUGUCUUGGACUGCAGCACUUGCAAUUCAAAUCAGUCUGUGCAUACUUUGUGUGUGCGUGUGUAUAUGUGUUACACACUGGUGUAUUAUUUCAUGCAUAGAUAGGCAUCAAUGUAAUGCAUUGCACGAACUGCAGUGCUUAUUUUUGGAUCCAUUGUAUAUGUGAGAUGUAGUGAGUUACUUUUUGUGUUACUUCAUCGGAAGACGGCAUGCUUUUGCUGCUGCAAAUGCUUGCUGUUGAAUUUGUUCUUAUUUGUUCAUUUUUUCGUUAUCUUAAACUCGUUAGAUGUGUAGAGAAUACAAUGAAUUUCUAUUAAGAAGAAUCUACAAAACUAACAGUAUUUGUACUGUUUAGUUGAACUGCAAUACUAUCUAUAUAGUUAGUUAUUUUUUCUUUUGUCUGUGUUUUAGUUCCUUGGAUUUGUGUGUGUUUUUGGUUGCUGUGGUGGGCAUGGCUUCGACUAGAUGAAGACACAAAUGCAAAUAUCGGUCUUUGAUUCAGGGUCAUGGAUUCAUCUUAGCCUGAGCAGACCAUGCAGUAUUUGAUGUAUAGACACAUAUUAGUAUAUAUCUAAUAGAGCUAGUUUAUUUAGUGCUGAAGCUUGACACGGUGUGUUUUUAAGGUGUGCAAUUAUCAUUUAUGCAUGUGUGAAUCUAUUUUUUUUUUCUUAAUUAUAUCAUAUGUUGAAAGCUUGUUGGAAACUGCAUUUUAUACAUUCCAUCAGGGAGAAAUAAAUAUA